GGAUCAGAACAAGGGCUAUUUGGCAAGCAAAAUAAAAUAACUUAACUCUUGCAUAACAGGUUCCUCAGAGCUCUUUACAAAUGCUAAGUAACUCGUUCUAUCAACCCUGUCUGAGGAAGCUGAAAACAUCAACAGGGAAGACAGAAAACAAGUGAAGAAGUAAAUGGAAAUGACACGAGGAAGCAGGUUUAUAGUGGAAGUAGCAGUGAUGAGGCUAAGUUGAGAUGCUCCCUAAAGAAUUACAAAACUCUGUGAUUCUUUAACACCCAUGAAGUGCUAUUAUCCCUAACUUACAUGGAGAGGUUAAAGUGGCAGAACCAGGUGUGUGACCCCAAAGUCGUGCCACCCACUCUAGUGCUUUAAUCACAAAGCCACUCGGGGGGGGGGGGAAUAAGAGCACUUGGAUGGUAAUAAAUUGUAGAGCAUGUGGGUGCCAGGUGCUUGCAGCUGGAAAAGGAACUUGAAUACUUAUUUAGGUGCGAUUGCCUGGACAAACUGACUUGUGUGCAUUACAAUUAAAGUUACUCGUUGUUGUUUAUAUGACUGCACCUAGUUAGUAUCCUAAACGCAUUAGGACCUCAUUGUGCUAAUCAUUAUAUAGACCCUGCUUUCCCCCCUCCCCCCCGCCAGCUCUGAGUUUACACUUUAAAUAGAGGAAAGUGACUUACCCAAGAUCACCCAGCAAGUCAGUGGCAGAGCUAAGAAUAGGCCCUACAUCUUCUGAGUCCCAGUCUAUCUCCUUAUGCAGUAACCAUGCUGCCUCUUAAGUUGUGCCCAAGACACUAGGGGCCCAGAACACCAUGGCCCUGUCAGUACAACUGUGAAUAGCACUUGCACCUGUUUCACUCUAUGCAUGCCCCUCUUACCCUCCUCUACCCUGUCCCCCUUCCCUCUGCAUUUUGCCAAUUCCCUCCUAAAUACAUCUACACCAAAAAUAAAUAAAUAUAAUUUUUUUUAAAUGUGGUUCUAACAUGGCAUUUGCUAUCAUUCCAUCAUUCACUCUGCUGGUGUGUUCUACCCCUUCCCCACCCUGGAUCUAUCUGGUCUGUUUAGAUUGUAAGGUUUCUGGCACAGGGACUGUCUACUAUUCUGUGUUUGUACAGCACCUGCCUAUGGGGCCCCAUUCUUGAUUGGCCCUCGGGCACAACGUUAAUAAAAAUGAUUAAUAAUAUAACUGAUGUGAGAUAAAUCCCUCAUUCGUUCAUUUUGUUGGCAAAGGAGUGAACAUACACCUGUGACAUGGAUCCUGGAAUGUGUGCAUGAAAUCCAGCCUUAAAUUUGCUAGGCCAGAACAUUAGGAGCUAAAUGCUGUAAUGAUUGUUUACUAAGCUAUGCACAUUAGGAUAAAAGUGCCCGAAUUGAGUGCCUGAUUGCUUGCCUUAUAUGAAGCCCUCAAAGCCAUACAAAAUAAAUAACAUUGUUUGGCACAGUCACCUGUUAAACAGGACUUAUGAUGCAUAUAAAUGUGGUGGAUUCAGUAAUCAUUAGGCUGAGAGUGGUUUCUAGUCAUUUAUAAAUGCUUCUAAGAAGAUCCAGUAGGUGGUGCCAGGGGACCUUGCUACAAGCCUUACAGAGCAAAACAAUCUGCUUGGGUGGGAGGGCUGAGCAAGGGUGGAACAUUUGGCUCUGUGUCUCAGACAGGAAGUGGUGGGAGGGAAGUAGCUAUUGCUGCUGGAAAUGAGGCCUGCAGGAGCUGUUUCUGUGGCCUGGAUGCCUUUAGUGAGCUGAUAGCCAGGCCAGUUUCAGUGGAGUCCUAAGUAACGAUCUGUCUGGCGCUAGGAGCAUUGCCAAGACUCUGAGGAUGACCCUGCAAUGACUGAGUGCGUUGGAGCCGGUUCUCCAUUCCACAGAGGUGCAGCGAUCCCCCAUCUGUUAGGAGUCAUAUUAAGGUAGUUUUAAGUCUCUGUUGCUUGGGAGCAAGGAUUUUACAGGUGUUCAACGAAGCAUUUAAAAUUUCCCAGGCCACUGUAGUUCCACGCAGCCCAGAAUCUAACAAGAGUGAAAUCCCAUCAGGCCUUUUAGUUGCAGGCUGAUGACUGUUUCUUAGGGGCAGCUAGGAAUGGAUAAGUUCUUGGUCAAAAGGCCUUCCCCGGGCAAGAACAAACAAGAACCCUUAGAGAUGACGGGAGGAGGGCUGGACUGCAUGAGAGAUGGGGGAGAGAAGAAAAGGCCCCGGUCAGAAAUGCCAGGUGCAGAUGAGUCCUUGGUGCAUUCUCCAUGGACGCAAAUCCGGGCUGAGGGUCUGAACUGCGAUUACAAGAUCCUGUUCGGCAAAACUGAGGCUGACAAGAUUUUCCAGGAGCUGGAAAAGGAAGUGGAAUAUUUUGAAGGUGAUCUUACCAAAGUGCAAGUGUUUGGCAAAUGGCACAACAUCCCAAGGAAGCAGGUGACAUAUGGAGAUCCUGAGUUAACAUACACUUACUCAGGUGUUACCUUUUCUCCUAAGCUAUGGAUUCCAGUUCUCAACCGUAUCAGAGAGCGCAUCACCCUGGCCACUGGACACACUUUUAAUUUUGUUCUUAUUAACAGAUAUAAAGAUGGCUGUGAUCACAUAGGUGAACAUCGAGAUGAUGAGAGAGAAUUGGUUCCACGGAGUCCCAUCGCAUCAGUGUCCUUUGGAGCCUGCAGGGACUUUUUCUUCAGGCACGGUGCUUCCCGCGGGAAAAACGCCUCAUGCCACAUUGAGCCAGUCAAGCUGCAGCUGGCCCAUGGCAGUUUACUAAUGAUGAACUACCCCACUAAUGUGUACUGGUAUCACAGCCUGCCCACCCGCAAGAAGGUGCUAGCCCCAAGAAUCAACCUGACGUUUCGGAAAGUGAUGGCUUUACCAAAAAAAUGAAGUUAUUUAACAACCUAACGUCUAGCUUGAACAGCUCCUUUUACCUCUGAAAAUGAGAACUUUCUUUCCAUGUCAUAAGUCAAUUUCUCUUUCAAACACUGCCUUUUCCUUUGCAUAUAUAGCAAGAGAUAGGAACCUUGCUGUGGUGCAAGCUUUGUCACAUGAGUGUAUUUAAAUUAGGAAAGCAAACGGGGAAUAACAUGCAGUUGUUUAGAUACAAAUACGGCAACCAUUUGAUCUUGGAUGUCAAGAUUAUUUUCCUACAGCCAAGCGCUAUUGUAGCCUGAUGGUAUAUUUUUCUACUGCUAUUCUCCUUGGUUUAGAAGGGAGGUUUAUUUUUAAGUCUGUGGUAGUCCUAUCAGUGAGUAUGCCUUGUUUUUUGUUUUUAAGUCUCUACUAAAUACUAACGUACCAUAGAAUCUAAUAAUUCAGUAAGUCUGAAAUGUAUGGGAGCGCAUGACUGCUCUACAAAUGAGUCAUGUAUAUUUUUUAAAUAAAACAAGAUUCUUCUACGA